UCAGUGACGUCAUGACGUCCCGGUUGUUGUGGUUCCUCUGGUUCUUCGGGUGCUGGUGCAGCGGCUGCAGCUUGGACUCGAACACCGACACUUGUCCAACCACGGGACGUUUAACUUAACGUUUAAAUUAAUGUGUAAACCGGUUUACCCAGCGGACAGCGCGCGCUUCCCGCCACAUGAGCCGGCCCCACAGUUUAAACAACAAGAACAAGAAGUUAGCCUGCAGCUAACUUAGCUUAGCGGCUAGCUAGCAGCUUAGCUCCGCCGGCUAACGCUAGGUUUGUGAAUUUAAAGCCUGAAAGCUGGUUGAACUUUGUGGUUUUAUUUAAAUAGUGUCUGACACGAUACAGGUCUCAGUUUGAAGUGUGUGUGUGACAGAGGAGGAGAGUCGGACUGGAGGUCCUGUCAUCACCAGUGGAGGACACUCAGUCCAACAUGACCGAACCGGUUCUUCUGGGUUUCAUCUGAACUGAGUCUGAAUCCAAAGUCACACAGAAACAGACGAGAAGCUACAGAGUCGCGUGAGAAUGAGACAGAUGUGAAAAACAUCCUGGUUCAACGUUUCGUUUCCCAGAUUAAUAAACUGUUUCAGGAUGGCGUCUCAGUAUAAAAUCCCCAGGAAGAAACAGUCCCAGUCUGACUCCGCCCACAUACACCUGCAGUCACCUCUGUCCCGCCUUCAGAGCCCCGCCCCUCAGUUAAAGGAUUAUGGGGAUCAGUCGGACAGGAGAAGAGCUGACAGGAUGCAUUCUGGGAACACACCGGGCUCCUCUACAAAUGGACACAGGACGCUGUGUAAACCUCUUUUCAGCGACGUGGUGAAAACGCUGCUGGGACUCAACAGCGCAAACAAAGGGGGACAGUCAGCAGCCAAUCACAGACCACUAGGAAGCGAGAGAGCGUCGUCCUCACCCUCAAACAGAUGGCAUCCUAAGAGAACGUCAGACUGUCGGCUGGCCUCAGAGCGUUUGUCUCCACCACAGAAGAAGAGUUUUGACUCCGCAGCUUCGGCCACUAAAUCCAUCUCUGUGGUGUCGGUGGACUCUCUGGCUGAGCUGAGAGGUGAGGGGCAUGCUGGGAGUCAGAGUCCUUUGACACCGGGAGCGACAACGCAGAGGAGAGUGGAGACUGCAGGCAACACGACGCCAAGCCGGGACGCCGCCGCCGCCGCCGCAGAGGGGGCGUUUCAGAACGACAGAAGAAAAACUCUGGAUUCUCCUUCGAAGCUGCAGAACAACUCGUCAGAGGACGACUUCGUGUCUCCAACCAGAACCGUCGUCCACAGAACGUCUGUCCCCUCCUCCGACACAGAGACGGACGGGAGGCGGAGUCUGGACCGGACGGCUUGGACGGCCAUGGCCGCCCAGAGGGAGGACGUGAGGGAGCGAGAGAGACUGAGAUGGAGAGAGUUCACAGACAGGAAGUCCAACAUGCUCCGACUGAGGACUCCAGCAGAACCCAUUGUGUUGUCGAGUGAAGAGGAGGAAGAGGAAGGUGAGGAUGACAGAGACAGAACAAAGAUGGCGUCACAGAGCGCCACCAGCAGGCCGGAGGAGGGAUCACGUCUGAGAACGGAAUGUUCUCCCAGAGCUGAGGAAGGUCAUGACAAACUGACGCUGCCUUCUUACCUGCAGCUGGAGUUCACCUCGCUUCACGCAGGCCUGAUGCACGCUGACGCUGACGGGAAGAUGAUGAUCACUGAAAACGGAAUCACUGUUCCUGUGAAAGUGUCCGAGGGGGAGGAGGGGGAGGUGACCGUGGUGGCGUCUCAGCUCCGUGGUUACGGCGUCUGGGAUGGGGGCGUGGCUCGAGGUGGGACUCUGCUGGCCGGGUGGGAAGGUCCCGCCCCUUCGCUGCUCUUCCUGUGGGUGACGGACGCUCAGGCCAACCUGCUGCAGCGGGAGCUGUCGGCCUUGAGACAGAGCUCCGCCUCCUCAGGUCCGUCGUGCUGCUUCCUCCUGCUGGUGUUGAAGGAGCAGCUGCAGGAGCUUCAGGCCGCUCUGCUGGCGUCCAUCCUUGACAUGACGGAAUAUCAGAAGGGACGCUCCUCCUCCUCUUCCUCCUGUUCCUCUUCCUGUCUGGGUCCGUCCUCUCCUGUUGACUGGACUGACGGACUCCUGCUCCUCCACAGCUGUCCUCCUCCCCUGGAUCAGCACCUCCUCGCUCUGCUGGGACACUCUGCUACGGUCGGUUCAGCGAGCAGCAGUCAGAGGAACAGGAAGUCCAGUCUGAGGUCGUAUGGUCAGCAGCAGCUUCCUGUCAGGUUGAUCCAGUAUCCGCCGCCGCCCUGCAAAGGCCGCAUCUCUGUGACGAGGGAGGACCUGGCCCGUUUGAACGCCGGCGAGUUCCUCAACGACGUCAUCAUCGACUUCUACCUCAAGUUUCUAUUCGUGGAGGGCGUCGGCGGCGCUGUGGCCGAGCGGAGUCACGUCUUCAGCAGCUUCUUCUACAAACAGCUCAGCAGACGGCGAGCAGCAGGGGAGGACGACGCCCCCUCAGUCCCCGAUCGUCACAUGAGACAUCAGAGGGUGAAGACGUGGACUCGUCACAUCGACAUUUUCACCAAAGACUUCCUGUUCGUGCCUGUGAAUCAAGAAGCUCACUGGUUCCUGGUGGUCGUGUGUUUCCCGGGUCUGGAGCACGAAGAGUCUCAAACCUGCACAGGUGCAUCAGAGCAAGCGACGGGAAAACGAGGCCCGAGUCUGAGACGACAACAACCUCCCGACUGCACGGAGCUCGGCCGCCACAGUCACUCCGUGUUAAAGAGGCCGUGCGUCCUCGUCAUGGACUCUCUGAAGCUGUCGUACCAUGAAAACGUCUGCAAACUGCUCAGAGAUUACCUGCAGGUGGAGUGGGAAGUGCGUAGACGGACGCCGCGUCUCUUCACGUCGGACAACAUGAGGAGCUGCAGCUGCAGAGUCCCUCAGCAGGACAACAGCAGCGACUGUGGACUUUACCUGCUGCAGUACGUCGAGAGCUUCCUGCAGAACCCCGUCGUGCACUUUGAACUCCCGUUGCGUUUGGACAACUGGUUUCCGCGGCAACAAGUGCGACAGAAACGCGAGGAGAUUCGGAGUCUGAUCAUAAAGAUGCACCAGAGUCAGACCACGAAGAAAACUGACCAAAAACCAAAAUGACCUCUGAUCCCGAGCCGUUAAUUCACCUGUGCAAUAAAUAAUUUAUAUUUUUUUACUGUUUCACUAUAAUAAACUUUCUUUUAUAAAAUAAAA